GACUUGAUGAGGCUUUUGCUAAGGUAGUCGCCAAUGCGAUAGUCAGCAAUGAGUACAUAGGUAGGGCAACCCGCGCCAGCGUGAAGAGCCCCUCCACAGCCAUUACCCAAGCCACCACAUAGUAGCAUAACACACAAAACUGUAUCCGCAUGCAAAAUGUUCGAUAGAAUACGCGACAAAGCUCACGGUCGCGAUGAAAAGGGACCUUCCUUUGAUGGCACUCAGCAACAGCAAGCACCCCAACCUGCGCCGGCCUACGUAUUAUCUUCAUCCUACCAGUCACCUCCGCCGUUCCAAACCCACUUUGCUUCCAUGUCGAUGCACUCAACAGACGAUCUGCGCUUCCUACGCUUUCCACCCCAAGUAGUCGACCAAUGCCGCAAGAUAGUUUUGAGCGUCUGGCGCGGCGGUAUCCAGAAGGAAGGUAUGUACGGCAGUUCGCAAGAGUUCAAGCUGUCAGGCUAUCCCUGGUCUGCUAUGGGCUCUGAUGCCAUGGAUGCACGUCGCCUGAUUGCUGCCCUGCUUGGAACGCUGCACAGUAUGGGUUGGGUUCUGACGUUGAAUACGGAUGUAAGCAAGAGUCUCAACGACAAGGACACGCUCCUCUUCCGCUACCAGUCACCAGCGCCUGCUCCGUGCGAUUGGUGCAGCAUAAGCUUCUCGCGGAGCGACAGGAUCCGUUUGGUCGAUAUGUCGCCCGAAGUAUGCCAGGCGCUGCCUGCCAGACUCGGUCAAGAGUGGGUAAGCAAGGUCAGCCAGUAUGGGCCUGGUAUUCAGGAGAUCAAGUUCCAUGGCUACCCAUGGGCUGCAGGAGGAAAGGAGACGAUGAGAGUUCGUGAGAUACUGCUCACUAUGCUGAGCGUGUUGGAGGAAGAGGGCUGGACGGUGUAUGCGAGCAUUGAUCAGAGCGCGUCUGGAGGCAGCCAGAACACAUCUGAGACUGACACAGUGAGUCCUAUCUUGACGAUAAUUCAGUGAUAUUCGUUCGCUGACUCGAGCAGUGGCAUCUCUGCCGACCCAAGGGUUGGAUUCGAGGGCAGCCUGUGUAUCACGGUCGAUGAUAGGGUUUUCUGUCUGACUGCACUCAAGUGU